GCAGCAGCAGCAGCAGCAGCAGCAGCAGCAGCAGCAGCAGCAGCAGCAGCAGCAGCAGCAGCAGCAGCAGCAGCAGCAGCAGCAGCAGCAGCAGCAGCAGCAGCAGCAGCAGCAGCAGCAGCAGCAGCAGCAGCAGCAGCAGCAGCAGCAGCAGCAGCAGCAGCAGCAGCAGCAGCAGCAGCAGCAGCAGCAGCAGCAGCAGCAGCAGCAGCAGCAGCAGCAGCAGCGCAGCAGCAGCAGCAGCAGCAGCAGCAGCAGCAGCAGCAGCAGCAGCAGCAGCAGCAGCAGCAGCAGCAGCAGCAGCAGCAGCAGCAGCAGCAGCAGCAGCAGCAGCAGCAGCAGCAGCAGCAGCAGCAGCAGCAGCAGCAGGCAGCAGCAGCAGCAGCAGCAGCAGCAGCAGCAGCAGCAGCAGCAGCAGCAGCAGCAGCAGCAGCAGCAGCAGCAGCAGCAGCAGCAGCAGCAGCAGCAGCAGCAGCAGCAGCAGCAGCAGCAGCAGCAGCAGCAGCAGCAGCAGCAGCAGCAGCAGCAGCAGCAGCAGCAGCAGCAGCAGCAGCAGCAGCAGCAGCAGCAGCAGCAGCAGCAGCAGCAGCAGCAGCAGCAGCAGCAGCAGCAGCAGCAGCAGCAGCAGCAGCAGCAGCAGCAGCAGCAGCAGCAGCAGCAGCAGCAGCAGCAGCAGCAGCAGCAGCACAGCAGCAGCAGCAGCAGCAGCAGCAGCAGCAGCAGCAGCAGCAGCAGCAGCAGCAGCAGCAGCAGCAGCAGCAGCAGCCAGCAGCAGCAGCAGCAGCAGCAGCAGCAGCAGCAGCAGCAGCAGCAGCAGCAGCAGCAGCAGCAGCAGCAGCAGCAGCAGCAGCAGCAGCAGCAGCAGCAGCAGCAGCAGCAGCAGCAGCAGCAGCAGCAGCAGGGCCGUCCUGUGCUGGAUGGUUGGGUAUCCAGGCUGGAAUGCUUUGGGAGGGGAGUCUCAGCUCUGCAGUGGACAAACAUUCUGCAUAA